AUAACAAGCAGCCAGUUCCUGCUGCUUUCCAACAGAAGGGCUGAAGGAACUUCUCCAGUGGACUUUGUGGAAUAAGCAACACGCAGCUGCUCAAAGUGUUCUGCUGGGGAAAAGCAAGUGACCGCACACCCGUUGAGCAGAAAAGGGAAGGAACUUCGUCAGCUUGCCCUCCCCGCAUUUAGAGAAAGCAGGCGCCUCGGGAACCGGAACAACCCUUAACCCAAACUCUGAGAACGGAACGGGAGCACAGCGACGGAAGAGGAGCGCCAGCUGUCAACUGGGGUGGGCGCUCCGGCCGCCAAUCUCACCACCAUUGCUAUAGGAAGAACUCCAACGAGCGACUCCAGAUAAGCCAGCUUCGGUCCACGCCUGCCUAUUGCUGGCGGGCCAUGGCUGAGGGGACAGGCUGCGGGGCGCCGAAAGCGCGCUUGGCCAAGAUAGUGAUGGUGGGUGACUCCUUCGUGGGGAAAACCUCUGUCCUGAGGCGCUACACCGAUCUUUGCCCCACCGCCCUGGCGCCGCCGUCUUCCUAUAUCACCACCGUCGGCAUUGAUUUCAAAGUGAAAACAAUUUCAUGUGAUAAUACAGCUAUGAAACUUCAAAUAUGGGACACUGCUGGCCAGGAAAGAUUUCAUACAUUUACUACUAGUUUUUUCCGAGGAGCGCAUGGAGUUGUUCUUGUUUAUGAUAUCACAAAUGCAAAAAGCUUUCAAGGAAUUGCAUACUGGAUGAAAGAUAUAUAUGAGAAAGCAGGUGAAAAUAUGGACAUAAUACUACUGGGUAACAAGUGCGAUAAGGAGGCAGAACGUGUAAUUUCAAAAAACAGAGGAGAAAAGCUUGCUUGGGAAUAUGGAAUACCUUUCUUUGAGACCAGUGCAAAGGACAAUAUAAAUAUUGAAAAUGCAUUUUCAGUUCUAGCCAAAGAAAUAUUGAACAAGAGUUCCUGUGUACUACUUGACUUAGACGUGGUGGACCUAGAUGAAAAACCACAAAAACCACCAAGAUCUUGCUGCAAAUUGUGACUCUCAAAAGAAAGAGAAAGCUACUAGUAUUGCUGACUUGGUAUAUGCCAAAGACUGGAACUCCUUAAUAUAUCAAUUAUUCAGUUUAAGUACUGAUAUUAACAAAUGAACAGGUUCUUUAUUCAUUGGCAUUUUAUUUAAUUGCUGUUGUAAACCAAACAUUAGAUUUACAUUAUAGGUCAUGACUGUAAGUUAUUCAGAAUGGAAGAAUAAAACAAAAACAAAAACAAACUAUCUUUGAAAGCUGGCCAAUGUAGUUUGGUUAUACAGUAAACCUAAAAGGUAAACACAACAUCUUUCUAAGGAUUUGAAUUCCUACUUACUGCUUAUGUACAGUUGUUUACAGAUUCAAAGUAAGAAGUCCAUGAAUAUGCAAAACCUUGGCUAUCCUUUCAGUCAGUAUUUUGUAGUACAUCCCUUGGUAGAAAUGAUAGUUUUCAAACACUUCCUGUAGCCAACUAAGAGUCUUUCCAUUUUUGCUUUUGAUAUUUUUCUCUACUUUUCCUUGCAGAAUUCUUGUAACUCAGAAAUAUUUAAGUCUGCUUGCACACACUGCACAUUUGAGAUCUCCCCACAGAUUUUCAAUAAUAUUCAAAUCUAGGGAGUCUCAAAUCCAUUUCAAAACCUUUAUCUUUCUUUCUUGUAAAUACUUCAUGGCUGCUUUGAAGGUAUGUUUUGAAUCAUAUCUUGCUCCAACAUCUUUUCAGCUUCUUCACUAUCUGCAGAGCAUUAAAUCUUUCCUAGAACUAUCUAAAACUGGUCAGAUAUGCUGAAAACUUUACUAACCAUGGAGUAAUUGCCCACAAUGCAGUACCAAUAACAAUCUGUGUAAGAGAGUUGUCAGAAGGAAACAUUUUUCUGAUGUCAUCAUCUAAAGUUUGCACAUAAAAAUACUGAUUAAGCCUGACAUGUUUUAGAACAAGGUGGUUUGGGCUGAUGACACAAUGAUUGGUCCAAGUCAUAUUUAGAGAAAAAUGGAUAAAACUUUUUCAGAAAAGAACACCAUGCCAAUUAUUAAGCACACAGGUGGCUCUAUUAUAAUUUGUAGUUGUAGGGCACCUAGUGACACAGCAGAUGUUUUGCAGGUGGAAAGAAGAAUUAAUGCAACUAAAUAUCAACAUAUCCUAGAAGCUAAUGUUCUUUUGUUUGUUUGAUUUCUUGACAAUAUGGAAUUGUUUUGCCAUUGCUUUUUUAAAA